AUGUCCUCCCCGUCUUGCAUCAUCGAACCCUGAUAGGGUUUCGAUUAGACGACGGGAUCCAAGAAGGCUUCAGACGGCAGAUGACCCGCGUCUGAAGCCAGCUUCACAUCAAGUGAAGCUUAAAAUUUGGACUACUCGUCCUUCCGGUUUGGGAGAAGAGCAUGAACAAGAGUUCAAAAUGUGGAACUGGAGAAGAAUUGCCCCACCCCUCCACAACGUCCGCUAUGCGCAAACAUGGAGGACGGAGCGGGCACACGAGCUUGCCGGCGUUUCUUGCGGAGCAGAACUUGGCUUCACUGGCUCAAAACCUGGGGAAACCAGUCGCAUGCGCUCAACUCGCUAGUACACGUCCGUGGCGAGUAGUCGUAGUCUCCUCCCAUGCUUCACAAAUCGUGAAGGAGGACGGCCGAGUCGGUUUCUCCUUUCUCAAGCGCCCCCAGUUCCUUCACUACAAGAACGAAAAGUUUCAUGUGCUCGUGAUGCAAAGCCGAGGGAGCUGCCCAGAUCGGCUUCUGAACUUCGUCGUCCACUGCAAGGCACCCCUGCUGGCUGGUCAGGGCUGGGCCGGGAUGUCAUUGUGGGGCCAUUGCGGGACGACUUCUCAAGUCGUUGAGGAUGAGCUCGGCAGAGGCUGAAUCUGGAAGUCAAAGCCAGGGCCCACCUCGUCAUUGUCAAAGGGUGUGGCUCGAACUCAUUACUUGCUGGGUGACACAGCUGGGAAAGGCAUGGAUCCUACUCAGAGCUAAGGGACUGCGCGACUAAUGGAAGAGCUUCUUUUUCAGACAUGCCUGGGGCCAGGUUGCAAGCUGGUUGGCUACGGCUUCCUGGCCCAGCGGCGUUGCAAUCUAUCUCU